AGGAAACGGAUCUGAUGAGAAACACAACCUCUGAUCUUUUCUGCCUACAGGAGGAAGCCUCUGCCCGGGCAUCAGCCAUCCAACAUCUGGGGCUGCUUCGGGGCUGGGUGAGAGACCAAGGGCUUCCCAUAACAACAACAGAAGAAGCAGCCAUUAAUGAACUGGUCGCCGUCCUCAUUCACCUCGAAGACGAGGACGAGGUGGCCAAGGCCGCAAGGAGGGCUCUUUCCCAUCUAGCCCCACAAGUCAAGUGGUGGGCGCAUCCCGAGAAAUUUAGCCUCCACUUUGCUCUCCACCAGGCUGCCAAGCAUCUGAGCAAGACCUUCAGCAAGAACAUCCUUCGGAGUGCUGCCUUGACAUGUACGAAGCCGUCUGCCAACAGGCUGCCAGCAGUCUCCAGGGUGGCAGCUCUGCUUCUGGGUCAUCUGGCUUUCCGGGAUGCCAGUUUCAUCCACAGUGAAGACAUGGCAUCCUAUGGUACAUGGCUGGAAGAGAUGCAGCAGCACGAGGAAGAAGGGCUCAGGCGGACAGGGAGGAGCUGCCUGAACAUCAUGCAGCGGGCCUGUAAACAUCGGCAGAAAGGCAGGGUCCAGCGCCUUGUGAGGAGGCUGCUCCACUGUGUUCACAGGGAACCUUACCCGCAGGACUUCCUGAGCUGCAUGCCAGAACGUCCGAAGUCGCGCCAGGCCAAGGCAACGUGAACAUCAGCGUUGUGCUGCAGAGAUACCAUCUUCUGCUCUCCGUGGGAUCCACUCUGGACCAGUGCCAGGAAAAUCAAGGCCAUCAGGAUCGACCAAGAGGAGUGGUGCUGCCCUCACAACCCUCCAUACAUAGCGGUAGGAA